UACUUCAUCGAUUGCCGCGAUGGCACAAUUAACUUUUCUUGCUUUUCUGUUUUUGGCGACUAGUUUUUCCCUAACUACGUGUAAAACUACUAUAGACGAUUUAGGUCCUCUUGAAAUCGGACUUCGCCAAUAUUUCCAAACGGGCGAAGCCACCGAUGAGUUUCUCGAAACUUUACAUUCGUACGAAUUCCCUUACUUACUUAGGGAAGGAAUGGAAACGGCUUAUGACAAUCCGACUGUUUGUUACAUGUGCAACUUAGUUGUCGAUUUAGUGAUCGGUGAACGCUUUUUGGGCUUAACUCGUGACACUCUAGUCAAAGAAGCAACUCUUUUGUGCACCCAUUUGAAAAUUGAAAAUGAGAGGGUUUGCAAAGGCGCAAUUGAGCUUAAUAUCGAUGUAUUUCUUUACGCGAUCGACAAUUACGCAAAUUUUACUUCAAAUAGAAUUUGCGGUUCGAUUCUUCAAGCUCAAAGUUGUCCCACUGGUGAUGCUUUCGAAUGGUCAAUUGAUUUACCUUCCGGUAAUUCACCCGAACGUCCCAAACCCAACGAUACACAAGUCCCCACUUUCACUAUUUUACAAAUCAGUGAUAUUCACUAUGAUCCUAAUUAUACUCCCAAUGGAAAUGCCGAUUGUGGUGAACCUAUUUGUUGUCAAGGGGACCAAGGCAAACCCGCAACUCCUGAAGAUGCUUGUGGGUAUUGGACGGAUUAUAGAAAUGGGGAUAGUCCUUGGCAUUUAGUUGAGGAAACAGUCAGACAAGCUAAAACCCAGAAAUUUGACUAUGCUUAUUACACUGGUGAUAUAAUUAGUCACCGAAUUUGGGAAACCAGCAUCGAAAAUAAUACUGAAGCCAUUACUAAACUGUAUUCCUACUUUAAGGAUACUUUAGGGGUUCCAGUUUAUCCGAUUUUUGGAAACCAUGAACCUCACCCUCUUAACGUGUGGCCUACUGAUAAAGUUUCCGAUAGUUUUAAUAUUAAAUGGUUAUUUGAACUUGCGGCCAAACACUGGUCUGAUUUGAUAGGUGAAGAUAUCAGUGAAACAGUUUUAAAAGGUGGUUACUACACUGUUAGUCCUAGGCCCGGUUUUAGGAUUAUUGGAGUUAACAGUAAUGUUGGAUAUACCGACAAUUGGUGGUUGAUUUACGAUGAUUUCGACCCUUAUGGUCAAUUGCAAUGGUUAGUUGACACUCUUAAAAAAGCAGAGGAUGAUAAUGAAAGUGUUCACAUAUUGACUCAUGUUCCUACUGGUACUUCCUCAAGUCUUAAAGUUUGGAAUAGGGAAUACACCAAAAUUAUUGAGAGAUUCUCAAAUACCAUUACUGGCCAUUUUAAUGGACACACGCAUAAGGACGAAUUUUAUGUCUAUUAUAAUAGUUCCAAUCCGACUCAAGCUAUUGGAGUGGUUUUUAAUGGAGCCUCUGUUACUCCUUUCACUAGCUCAAACCCAAGUUUUAAAUAUUAUUACGUUGAUGAAACCACUUUUAAUUUAGUAGAUUACGACGAGUGGACUUUUAAUUUGACACUUGCCAACUCCCAAGACUCUUCUAAGUUGCCCGAAUGGUACAAAUUGUAUAGUUUUGCUGAAGCUUAUGGUGUUGAUAAUUUGUUACCUUCUGAAGUUGACAAACUUUUGUACAAAAUGACAAAAGACCAUUCUCUUCUUGACAAUUACUUUAAGUUUAAAUAUCGCAAUGGUGACGAUGGUAUUAAAAAUGGAUGCAAUGACUCGUGCAAGAAAAAUUUACUCUGUAGUAUUGUAACAACGCUGUAUGGGGAAAAUGCGCAGUGUAACCGUUUCAUAGAUUUGUACGACUCUUAACUGUAAGAAAUAAAUAUUAAAGAACA